AUGCUGCAACGACAACUACUGACAGGUGUGAUCUUGUUUAUCACAAUUAUUAAAUAUGUUGAUAAUUUUCAAGUAUUUAUUAAUAAUAGAAAAUUUCAAAAUAUUGAAACAUCGUUACCUUAUUCGAAUAAAUCAUAUGAAAUACCAUUAUUUCAAACACAUUAUAUAACAAUACGAACUUAUACGGAUGAUUUUUAUAAUAUUAGUCAUGUAAUUGGAUUUAAAUUUCAAAUAAAAUCUACAAAUUCUGAACUCGUUACUAUUCGAAAAGAAACUAAACUACCAAUAGAAACGGCAACAGACAAUGGCAUUGAAAAUAAUGUCCUUCGAGAAGAUCUAUAUAUCUUGCCUCGUAAAAAAGCUCUUGGUCAUAUAUUUAAUGCAUAUUUUUCACCAACUAUAAUUAAUCUUAAUCAAAGUUCAGCAUAUGAUCUUGAAAUUAAUAGUAUAUGGUUAAUCAAUGGUAAUACAAUGGGUUUAGCUAAUCUAACAUUUCGUUUGGAUGUCUUUUAUGAUGAUGAUACUUCAAUUACACAUAGAAAAAUAUUAAAUAUUCUUAUAUCUCAACCAAAACGUCGUAUUGAUACAAUAUUUUAUAUAAUUAUGCCUAUUAUAGUUACGGGUAUUUCAAUAAUAAUGGGAGUUUUACUUGAAACAGAAGUAAUAAAAAGUAUUUUAAAAAAACCGACACCAGUUCUCGUUGGUUUCGUUGCUCAAUAUGGUUUAAUGCCUUUUCUAGCAAUUGCUAUUGCAAAACUUUUUCAUUAUACACCAUUGUAUAGUCUUGCUCUAUUUGUUAUUGGUUGUUGUCCAGGUAGUGGUGCUUCAAAUCAAUGGACAGUUAUAUUUGAUGGUGAUGUUAAUUUAUCUGCUGUAAUGUCAUUUAUGUCAACUGCUGCAUCAUUUAUUAUGAUGCCAAUUUAUUUUUCUACAUUAGGAACUAUUUAUAUGGAUGAACUUAAAAUUAAAAUUCCAUUUUGGGUUCUUUUACGAUCAUUAGCAAUUGUUGUUGUACCAUAUGCAUUUGGUAUUUGUAUUAGUCAUUUUUAUCCAAAAUCACGUUUAUUUGUAAAAGAACUUAUUAAACCAAUAAUGAUAUGUAUAAUGAUAUUUUUUCUUGCAUUUGGUACAAUGGUUCAUUGGUAUUUACUUAAAAUGAUCGAUUUAUAUACGAUAUUAACAGCACCAUUAUUGCCAUUUUUAGGAUUUUUAUUUGGUGCUCUAUUAGCUUGGAUAAGCCGUUUAAGUUGGACACAUAUUAAAACAAUUGGUAUUGAAGCUGGAAUACAGAAUACUGGUGUAGCAUUUAUGAUUAUAUUUUAUUCAUUUCCACAACCAUAUGCCUCACAAGCAGCAGUUGUACCAAUGAUUGUUGCAUUUUUAACAACAAAACCAUUUUGGAUUAUAUUAAUAAUACGAAAUCAAAUAAGAAAAUAUAAGAAACGAAAAGAAUUAACAAAAACAUCUAAUGUAGAUGGUGAAUUAACUAUUAGUUAUCAUAGAUCAUCAUUAAAUACUGAAGAAAAUAUUAAAACAGACAAUGUUGUUGAAAAUAUGCAAAAACUAUAA